GAAUGCGCAGUAGUUCUCCUUUCACAAAUCAACAUGGCGGCCAAUUCGACUGAAAAAACUCCUCUAAUAAAUACUAAUUCUGCGUCUAGAGAAAAGCCAGAGGGAUGUGGAGCUUCCCUGUUAUGUGACCCACGUAGAGGGCUUCACAGAUAUGUCGUCCUUAUUUUUAUAUGUUUUCUAAGUUUCGGAGGUUACUAUUGCUAUGAUAAUCCUGCAGCAUUAGAGAAACACAUAGAGCAAGAUAUGGCAAAGGACACAAGUAAUUAUGUGUUACUUUAUUCACUAUAUUCAUAUCCCAAUGUCAUCCUGUGCUUCUUUGGUGGUUUCUUACUUGAUAGAGUCUUUGGUGUUAGACUGGGAACGUUGAUAUUCAGUGCAUUUGUUCUUGCUGGCCAGGUGGUUUUUGCCCUUGGGGCCUAUACACAUAACUGGACAAUUAUGUUAGUUGGAAGAUUUAUUUUCGGGCUUGGCGGUGAGAAUCUUGCUGUGGCUCAAAACACUUAUUCUGUAAACUGGUUCAGGGGAAAAGAGCUGAACAUGGUUUUUGGAUUACAACUGAGCUUUUCUAGAAUUGGAAGUACGAUCAAUAUGAAUGUGAACCACUUGAUCUAUACUGCCUUCUCAAAGAUGGGAGCAAAACCAUUACCAGGCUAUGAAGCGCUAGGCCUAACCCUUUUUGUUGGGGUUGGAGUCUGUCUCUUCUCCUUCAUAUGCGGCAUCUGUGUUGGUGUACUUGACAAGAGGAGUGCUAGAAUCCUACAAAAAGAUGAAGGCAAGACUGGUGAGAUGAUCCAGCUGAGGGAUGUCAAGGACUUUCCCCUCUCCCUCUGGCUUAUCUUCCUCAUAUGUGUGGCAUAUUACGUCGCUGUCUUCCCAUUUGUCGGCCUUGGGCUGGCUUUCUUCCAGGAGAAGUUUGACCUCACACCAGACACGGCAGGUGCUGUAAACAGCAUUGUUUUCAUCAUAUCUGCUGCCGCAUCUCCAGUUCUCGGCUUUAUGGUUGACAGGACAGGCAAAAAUGUCUUUUGGGUUUUGCUUGCCGUGGUACUCACACUCGUGGCUCAUGGCAUGGUCGCCUUCACUUUCUGGAAUCCUUUUGUAGCUAUGAGUGUUCUUGGAGUGGCAUACUCUUUACUGGCUUGUGCGCUGUGGCCUCUAGUAUCACUGGUUGUCCCAGGUCAUCAGCUCGGCACUGCUUAUGGAUUCAUGCAGUCAAUCCAGAACCUUGGCCUGGCUGUCAUCACCCAAGUUGCUGGAAUCAUCGUAGACAACAAUGGAUACCUUAUUUUGGAAAUCUUCUUCUGUGGAUGGCUAUGUGUCGCUCUAGUGGCCACACUUAUUCUCUAUCUUGCUGAUGCAGCUAAAGGUGGAAGCCUCAACUUGUCUACUUUUGAAAGAAAUAAGUUGGCUGAGGAAAGUCGAACUGCCUUGACUGCAUCUGGCGAAGAAGGACUAAAGGAUGACACUGGAGACAGUCAGAUUGUUCCACGGUCCGCUGCACAGCUCAGACUACGCUUUCUCUCAAGGGUUGGUCAGCAGUAUUUCCAGAUCCCAGAGACGUACAGAUCACAUCCGCUGGCCUUCCCUCACGUCCUGAAAUAGCACCGCGAGCUCAUCUGCGCAACAACAGUCAGCAAAUGUCUGCUUUCGCCAUAUCUUUCCAUUUGUUUCACGCGAGUUAGCAUCAAUAUAUGUUCGAUUUGAGGCUGUUGUAUAACGAUAUUGCUCGGGAGGGGAAGGGAGGGCGAGCAUGUAAUUAAUAUAAAGGGGGAGGUUUUUUUAUGACAUCAGAGAACCAUUAAUGGAAUUUUAGUUAUCAUAGGAAUAAAGUUGGAAUUUGAAGGCGAUGUCGGACUGGGAUUCUAUCCAAUUUAGGGAGAGGGGGUGAAUAGGUUUUCGGAUCGGUGAGUCCACGCCUAAAAUGGAAAGUGGAUUACGGAUUAAGAGGAAAAAAUAGAGCGGAUUGUCGGAUUAUCAAAACUUACCGGAUCACGGAUUCAUUGCCCUUGUGCAGAUCGGCGAAAUCGAUGACUCCUUUUGACCCUCUCCCCCUCAAAUUUAUUUUUUUUUUUUCUCCAGAGAUACACUCAUAGAUCAAGACUUCCUAUUCGAAAAUAAGAAUGAUAUUUUUAUCAAAUAUUUGCUUUAUACUACAUAAAUAUUUCUAAUAUUUGAUGAUGCAAUAAGGUCGUCAUUAUGUAAAAAGAUAUUUUUGUUGUUUUGUUUUAUACAAUAUAGUUUAAUAAAGAAUAAAGAUUUAGGAA